GCAAUUUCUGGAGAAAGGAAGGGUACAUGGACAGAGAGAAUAGGGUGCAGGAGAAUCUAACUCCCAAACUUAGCAAUGCUUAGGUGGGGUUUUCAGAAAGUUUCGUAAUCAUGGGUUUCGAGAGACCAUCAUCAUCGUCAUCAUUAUUGUCAUCAUCAUUACCAUCAUCAUUACCAACAUCAGAAAACACGAGAGACAAGUUCAGUCUCUUCUAUAUAUUACUACUCUUCUUCGUCCUCUGUGUCAUUACCACCUUCAUAAUAACUCCCACUUCGCUUUCUUCUCCAUAUAUUAGGAAUAUUAUCUCUGGGAAACUAGGGAACUUCUAUCCACAGGAGGAAGGCAAGAGUACCGUAGUGAUGAAGAAGACGAGGAAAUUAGGUGACCGGAGCAAGGAGGCGGAGCUACGGAGGAUUCUAAGGGGAUUGGGUUCAUCUCCGCCACGGUGCUCCUCUAAGUGUGGAAGAUGCACGCCGUGCAAGCCUGUGCAUGUUCCGGUGCCUCCGGGGACGCCUGUCACCGCCGAAUACUACCCCGAAGCUUGGAGAUGCAAGUGCGGCAACAAGUUGUACAUGCCAUGAUCUUUUAUAAUAUAUAUACUCACAUAUAUACAUUAUAUAAUGAAUUAUAUGCAUGUUC